AUGGCUACAUUUCCUGAUAUCUUUCGUGGGCGGACUGGCAUGAAAUCGGGCAUGCUUGGGAGGUGGAUGGUCCAGUCCAAGGAGCAGUGCUGGGACCAAAUUCCUUGGGAGAAGAUGUCGGCUGAAGAUCGCAAGAUGAAGGAGUUGCCUGAUUGGGUUAGGCAGCCGUUGGGACUCAACAAGCGCAUGAGGUUUUCUGCUGGGAAGGACAUUCCACAGGUUGUGAAAAGUGGUCUCAUUAAGCUUGUGGAGCGCGUGAGUUGUGGAGGAAAAGAUUCGGAGCUCACUUGUGGAACUGCAGCGACGAAACAGCUCAAAGAGGAAGCAGAGGCACUUCUUCAGAAGUACAACGAAGCGCAAAGUCAGGUCGCCAGUGAGCACAAUGUUGACGUCCCUCUUUGCAAGGCAAAGGUGACUACCAAGUGGGUCAACCGUUUGUUGAAAAGCUCGGGCAUUUUGAGAAGAUCCCCGAACACGAUGGGGGCAUACCUUGAAUAUGAUGAUCAGCGAAUGUGUCAAUCGCGAAAAGCUUGGAAAUUUGUCAGGAUGGAUAAGCAAAUCAGAGCUGAUCUGUGCUUGAACUUCGACCAAGUAUGGAAGUGUGCGUAUGUGCAUCCUGACAAAGUCCUUUGCCGCGGGAAUGCCAACAUUAACCUCUUUGGAAAGCGUGAUGCAGUGGAGAAGCAGAUUAGAGCGCUACAGGGGGAUGCAGAAGUAUCAUGGGACGCCAAGCGCCGGAGAGUACGAGGCAAAGAUGCUAGAGCAGACAACAUUGAUGGCGCCCGCCAUGCAAUGACCAUGGUGACAUCAUUGUGGGGAAACGGCGAGUGUGGGCCUUUGUGCUUGGUUUUGCCCUCUGGCUUCCUGUCCAGUGAGAAGAUCUUGGAUUUGCAGUCUCGCUUUGCUCCAGGCCUCUUCAUCAUCUGCACCGAGAGGGAGAGCCAUUUCAUGAAUGGCGACACGGUCAUGGACUAUUUCGAGCAAGUCCUGUCACCUUCCUUUGAGCGUAGGAAAGAUGUGGUCGGAGACAUCUCGGGUGUUGCUGCCACAGCGGCAGCCUGGCGGAUGGAGCGCCAGAGGUGGGCGUGGCUUUCACGAGGGAUGAUGUCAAAGGAAGAGCUGGUUUCCACCAACAAAGACGUUCCUGACCUCACCAUUGACACCCUGACAAAAGAGAUGGAGGAGUGCGAAUUGCGAGUUGAGGACAAUGAGUGGCAAGUCCCAGUUGACGAGGUGUUUGAGCAGCCAGACAUCAAUCGAACUACGUUCUUGUGGCAGAUUCAAGACCGUGGUGAUCCAUCCAAUGCAGAGUCCUGGGAGUCUGAGGAAGAUCGUUGGUGCUGCUUGCCACAGCAGUGGCAAAAGAUUUUGAACAGUCGACUUGCAUCUUACCAUGCUUCAGUGCAAGAUGCCCAUGCGUUCUACCAACACAGGAAGGACACUCUCGGGGAGGACCAGACCAAGACCAAGAAUGCCAAGAAGAAGUACGAUGCAAUCUUGUCAGGUGAGCACGCCAUCAGCGCCAUUCUGAUCAGCAAAUCCUCGGGAAAGGAGUGCAGCCAGAAGCAGUACACCAAAGAUGUGAAAACGGUGAAGGGUGUUGUGACCAUCAGCGUCAGCAAGUGUGUCAGGCCGUUCAAAUUGGACAUCAAAACCAUGACCUUAACUGAGCUUUUUCCAGACAACCAGGAGCAGACACGACAGUUGAGACUGGUUUCAGCCACCGGCCGGUCCAGAGAAAUUCAGGAAAUCCGAGUCCAUCUCACUGCACUGUCGCUUCAGUCUUCCAAGGUCUUGGGGGAGUCAAAUCUUCCCAAACCUAAUGCUGGAGGUGGAGCUCAGCAGGAUGUUGAAGAACCCGGUGAUGAUCAGGAUGAUACUGAGCAUCAACUGGCUGAGCUAGCUGAAGACAAAGCAGAGGAUUUGGGUGCAGAGGCCAGAACUGUCGACCUAAUGCAGUAA